UCUUCUCUACAAACGCAGAAAAAAGUGACCUUUUCCAACAAGGCAUAAGCUGUUUUUCUCCAACUCAAAUCAUCCCCUGGAAUAAUUGGAUCAGCUUUGCCCACCGGCAGACCUUUUGUCUUCUAUGAAUCAACAUGGAAAGGAAUUUUAAGAAUGUUUUGGUCAUUUCUUUCGGAUUUUUACUUCUCUUUACUGCUUACUCAGGACUCCAGAGUCUACAGAGCAGUCUCAAUGCAGAAGAAGGCCUGGGUGUUGCUUCCCUAAGUGUUCUGUUUUCUGCGCUGACCUUAUCGUCCAUGUUCCUCCCUCCAAUCAUCAUCAAGAAGCUGGGCUGCAAGUGGACCAUUGCAGUCUCUAUGUGCUGCUAUGUCACCUACUCCCUAGGGAAUUUCUAUGCUAGCUGGUACACACUAAUCCCUACAUCUGUGAUCCUGGGCUUAGGAGGAGCACCACUCUGGUCUGCCAAAUGCACUUACCUCACUAUUGCUGGCAAUUCAUAUGCCGAGAAAGCAGGAAAAAAUGCAAAAGACAUUAUCAACCAAUACUUUGGGAUCUUCUUUUUGGUGUUUCAGACUUCCGGCGUCUGGGGAAAUCUUAUCUCAUCCUUGAUCCUUAGCCAAUCUUCCAACCAAGGGGAGAUCUCAGAAGAAGACCUGGAAUGCUGUGGAGCAUACGAUUGCCUGACUGAUGCCACUAACAGCACUGGGUCAGAAAGACCCUCUGACUCCUUAAUCUACACACUGGUAGGGGUCUAUACUGCUAGUGGUGUGCUAGCUGUGUUGCUGGUUAUUAUAUUUCUGGACCAGAUCAAAUCUGACCAAACACAGACCGAGAAAGAAAAACUAAAGGCAUCAUCCUUUUGGUCUACGUUCCUAGCAACUUUCCGGCAUCUUAAAGAUAAAAGACAGUGUCUUCUAAUCCCUCUGACAAUGUACAGUGGGUUUGAACAGGCAUUUCUUGCUGGUGACUACUCAAAGAGUUUUAUAACCUGUGUCCUGGGGAUACACUACGUUGGCUAUAUGAUGAUCUGCUUUGCAGCCAUAAAUUCCCUCUGCUCUCUGCUCUUUGGAAAGAUCUCCCAGUUCACGGGUAGAAAACUUCUAUUUGCAUUAGCUGCAAUUCUGAACACAGGCUGUAUAAUAACAGUACUGCUCUGGAAACCUGAUCCCAAGCAGCUUGCUGUGCUUUUCAUAAUCCCUGGUCUUUGGGGCGUAUCUGAUGCUGUCUGGCAAACACAAACUAAUGCACUUUAUGGCAUUUUAUUUGAGAAAAACAAGGAGGCUGCCUUUGCAAAUUACCGUCUCUGGGAAUCAGUUGGAUUUGUCAUCGCCUUUGCUUACAGCACCAAAUUGCAAGUCUACAUCAAAACGUACAUUGUACUGUCUGUGCUUGUGCUGUCCAUGGUGACCUACGGAGCAGUGGAAUACCUCGAGGCUAAAAGCUCCCCUGGGACACCUGCUGCUGCAAAGAAGGAAAAUGGAGGACCCCACUCCCAGGAAACACAUAUGUAGUUCAACAGGGUCAGAGUGAUGGAGGUAAAGCAAAUUGGCCAGCUUCUUACAGGCAUGUCUGCAAGGGUGUUCCAGUGUGUACUGUAUCCAGAAAGAUGAUAAAGGAACAGAUUUCAAGGCCAUUAUAAUGCAAAUGUCUAACGAGUAAAAACCUCCUUUGACAUCUCACCUUUAUAAGGGUAGAUUAUCUGACUUUACCUUUUCAGCAAGAUGACCAACUAAUUAAUAAACUCUUAACAAAUGUCAGCAAGAUUCCUUAAGUCCUCUACCUUUUUGUUUCUGUAGGUAAGACCUGGUAUAGCUUUACAGUCAAACCACAUGCAGAAUGAAGGAAGCAACUGGGGUUGCUCUGUUGAUUGCAAUUAACACACAUCAUUUCAUGGAACCAUUAAUUAUAAAGAUUUAUGUUGUUUUUAUGCUGCAUUCUUUAACGCCUGUUGUAAAUUAUGUCAGCCUGUAGACUGCCUAUAUCUGCAGUUCAUAUCUGCACACCACAGAAUCAACUAACCACCGAGUCCACCAACCUGUCUUAGGUCAGCAGACAGCUGUGAAUCUGACCAUGUCAUCCCUCUAUCUCAGCACUCUUUCUCUUUUGAUUUUCCUGUCUCAAAAAUUUCUGUCACCACUUACAGCAACUUCAUCUUAAAAGAGAUGCCUUCUACAAGACAAAAUACUUCAGUGAUUAUGACCUUGGCCCACUUUCCCAUCCCCCUGGAUGACAGAACUGUUUUCAAGAUGAGCAGCCAGGUCAUGGGGAAUCUCACCAUGAGAAGGGUGCAGGUGGCAGUGCAAGUCACAGAGAGAAAGGGAGAAAAAGAAGAUGGGCUUACACUGUAAUAAGUUCUUGAGAUCUAUACGUAUCCUGCAGUGGCUCAUCUAAUUUCAACUUCUCUUUAAUUUUACCCAUAUUGUUUCUAGAUAUGGAUUUUUGUGUUUUACUGCAAAGAGUCGCUGCAUCUUAAUGAGAGAGCAAUGUACAGACUUUAUAUUCAUUACUGGUAAUGGCACAUUCAGAUUCUCUGUGUGAGGCAGACAGCACCAAAGGAAUUGCAGACAAAUGCUCUUCAUGUCCAAGGCUAGUGCUGCCUCUGGAAAUAACCUACAUUUAGCUAGCUAAGUUGUUGACUGCAAUGGAAAUAAUUUGAAACUACUUCCUCUCAGUUACUCACCACUACAGGAAGAUGAGACACCACAUGGUGUGACAACAAUAACACAAUUUGUGUGACAAAAAUCCCCAAAUUGUUAUGUCUUUUAAACAGCAACAAGCUUCAUGCUACUUUGCCAUCUUUCUUAUGUUUCUGUUCCCAACCAUCUGGACUCCCCUUUAGACUCUACUUGUUUUGAUUCAUGGCUUUUCACAUGAUGAGCAUUUUUCCAGGUCUCAUACAAUAAAGUAAAAUUCAUUAUGUCCUGCAGAAAAGAGGGUGACAGGUGGGCUGCCUCACAUGUGCAGCUUUCUCUUACACCUUUGCCCUGUCAGCUCAAAGACAUGCUGUUGAUCUCUCUUUUGGAAAUACAAAUGGCAAAACUAUUGUGGCUGAAGGAUCCUGACAGCCUCCUAUCUGCUCAGCAUGCACAGAUGGAUACUCUAGGCUGCUGCUGAUUUUCACUCCACACUGCUUCCCUCUCAUAAAGAAACACAACAUCGUGUUUCAUUGCAUCUCUGAAUCCUCCUCUGAUUCUCUGUUACAGAGUGAUGUUCAAUGGCAAGUGAAGCAGAGGAUUUCUGAGGUCAACGUCAUGAUGGAAAACCCAUCUGUGUGAAUGUAAUAACCUUUUAUUUGUAGCAACAAAGAAGUCAGGAUUCUACUACAUGAGAUGCUCUACAACCUCACUAUAUAGGGUUUUUUUUUGUAGUUUCUCUUUUUAGUUCUGUACUGAGUCUGGCUAGGAUGGAGUUAAUUUUCAUUGUAGCAGUCCAUAUGGUGCUGUGUUUCAGAUUAUUAUAACUAAAACAGUGUUGGUAACACACCAGUGUUUUGGCUAUUGCUGAGUAGUGUUUGCAGAACAUUCAGGUUUUCUUUAUUUCUCCACUCUUCCCUCUCAGUGAGUAGGCUGCAGGUGCCCAAGAAAUGGGAAGGUGGCAAAACCAGGACAGCUGAGACAGAGUGAUGGAAGGGAUAUCCCAUGCCACAUGAAGCCAUGCUCAGCAAUAAAAUUCUGGGGCAAAGGAGCAGGAAAAAGAUGUUCUGGCCUUGUUGGGGACCUCAGUAUCACUGACAUUGAAUCAGCACAGGAGAUAGGACAUUAUGGCCUGUGGUUUAAGGAGCUGGUUUUCACGCUUGACUUUUCAUAGGAUUUUAUGUAGUCAUUUCCUGAAUGACAACUCUUCAAUUUCACAAGGACCAUAAAGAAAAAUUCUGUUACUUUGGGAAUGAAAGCCACAGCUACAGGCAGCAAUGCAAUGAACGUGCUUUUGCCUGGAACAGGAUGAAUAUAAAGGUGCCCAGCAGUCUUGGAGAUGACUUAAAUGAAAAUUGUCACUUACAUUGUUAUGCAUGGCCAAUACACAGUUAUAAAACUUAUAUGGUUUUGUUUAUUGGAAAGGCUGUAGGGAUUUUGCUGCAUAGUAUAUAUAAAAAAUAUUUAGGCAGCUAGCAACAUAUAUUCACUGAAAUGUAUGAAAAUAAAUGAUAGUUGAGGUUGCUGUGGCGUGAGACAUCUGCUCUCUCAUGGCCAAGAAAGACUCCACGAGCCCUGCUUCAGUCUAGCAGGGGUACCCAAAUGAAUCCCUCCCCAGUCAUGUGCCUGAAACCUUCAAGAGCUCUAAGUCAGGCAAUGGAUAAUAAGCCUGUUGAUAUUUAUCUACUGAAUGCUCUGUGUUCCACUAUGUCACAGAGAAUGGCAUUCUGCUCUCCUCAUGGGGGAGGCCAGGCUGGAUGGGGCAUUGAGCAACUUGGGCUAGCAGGAGGUGUCCCUGCCCAAUGCAGAGGGGUUGCAACUAGAUGGUUUUUAAGGUUCCUUCCAACCCAAAUCAUUCUGGUUCUAUGAUUCCAAGCUCUCUGCUUCUGGGUGUUGCUUGGCAGCAGCAGAACAUGGGUGUCAUAUUGGGGCACGGUCAGAGACAGCUGUGGUAGUUUCCGCGUUGUGGAAGAAUAUCUGCAAACUCACGGGUGGGUUUACAAAUUAUUAAGGAAGGGGCUGAACAUAGAACCCAUUGGGAAUGAAGGCUGGUGAAAAGAUGAGGGUCCACCUGGGCACACAUUUAUACAUAUUGAAGCAAAGGAAAGAAUUCCCAGGAAAGAUAGUGGAAGGAAAACUAACCAUCAUUUUCUGGGAUCAUCACAUUAGGUUUGUAUGUAAGCUCAGCAGCAACCUCGAAUUUCUGGGGCUGGAAAGAAUGAAUGACUGCAACAGACACAGCAAGGCUACUACUCCUUCAUGGUAUUUUAUGCUUCCUGAAAAACCUCCUGGACACUUCUCUAUGCAUUGGACAGCUAUGACAUAAGUACAUCAUAGGAGAGAGUCCCAAAUGUGAGAGUGGAGAGAGAAACAUGUAUUUCCUUCCCAAAAUAUUUUUUUUUUCCACAUUCAAAUAAAGUAAUUCGAAUCCU